AUGUCGCUCGCAUCAGGUGUCCAGGUCCAGGAUGACUGCAUUACCUCCUUCCAAGACUUCAGCCGUAGCCACGGAAAGACCAAGUACAUCAUCUACAAGAUCGCCGACAACAAGAAGGAGGUUGUCGUAGACUCCGUCGGCAAGGACCAGGACUACGAGGUCUUCCGCAACGAGCUCGCCGAUGCCAAGGACAGCCAGGGCCGCCCCGCUCCCCGCUACGCAGUCUACGACGUCGAGUACGAGCUGCCCGGUGAGGGCAAAAGAUCCAAGAUCAUCUUCAUCUCUUGGGUUCCCAGCGACACCCCCACUCUUUGGUCUAUGAUCUACGCCAGCACCCGUGAGGUCCUCAAGAACGCUCUCAACGUUGUCACUUCCAUCCACGCCGACGACAAGUCCGAUAUCGAGUGGAAGACAGUCCUGAAAGAAGCCAGCGGUGGCAAGGCAUAG